AAAGCUCCACAUAACACACUCUACUCCACUCCUCUCACACUAACUAUUCUUGGCCGUCAGCCCGCUGUGGUGCAUUUCAAGCCUGACGUCACUUCCGUCCUCUCUCUUUCGCGUCCAUCUUGCUCUCCGCGUGUGUUUGCUGCUAGCGUGCAGAUGAAAGAGACAAUAAUGAACCAGGAAAAAUUAGCCAAACUGCAGGCACAAGUCCGCAUUGGUGGAAAGGGCACUGCACGCAGAAAGAAGAAGGUUGUUCACAGAACUGCAACCGCAGAUGACAAGAAACUUCAGUUUUCCCUGAAAAAGUUGGGUGUCAAUAACAUAUCUGGCAUUGAGGAGGUAAACAUGUUUACAAACCAAGGAACAGUGAUCCAUUUCAACAAUCCCAAAGUGCAGGCUUCACUGGCAGCCAACACCUUCACCAUCACAGGCCAUGCCGAGACCAAGCAGCUCACGGAGAUGCUGCCUUCCAUCCUCAAUCAGCUCGGUGCCGACAGCUUGACCAGUCUGAGGAAGCUCGCCGAGGCCCUGCCCAAACAAGCUGGUGAUGGAAAAGCACCCGUGGCAACAGGAGAGGAAGAUGAUGAUGAAGUUCCAGAUCUUGUGGAGAAUUUCGACGAGGCUUCAAAGGAUGAGGCGAACUAAGUCGAGGAGAGACAGACGUUCAGAUUCUCCAAACUCAGCUGGGCCAUGUGGGACUCCCUCUUCCCCCCACUCGAAACAAUUUUUUUUUUUUUUUAAUAUACUGCAAACUCCAAUUUUUUUCUCUCUCAUGCACUGCUGUGUUCCCCCUGUGCCUAGGCUGAGUGUGUGAGAAGUGUCAUGGUGAGUGUGUGCGAAUCCCAGAGCACCCUGCCCAUCUCUUCGUUACUGAGACUCUCCUUUGCAAUCUAGCUGAAACCCACAUCUGGAAAUAAACAUUUGCUAUUGAUGAGCUUAAUAAAUA